AUGAGUGAAAAGGAGUUGUGUAUAGAAAAGCUUCAAAAAGCUUUAUUAAAAUUACCAAAAGAUGAUUUAAUUAAAUUACUUAAAAAUACAUACCAAGCAAUGAAAAUUAAACAUAAUAUACCAAAUCAGGUUACUAGUAAAUUAAUACAAAAUCCUAAUCCUAAUAAUAAUAAAUCAAAUAAAUCCAAUACUAAAGAACAAUGUGUAAAUAAAAAUUCAAGAAGAAAUUUAAAAUUAACUAAUCUAAAUACUAUUAAUAAAAAUCCACAAUCAACUAAUACUAAUACUAGUACCCCUGGAAAGGGAGCUAAUUUUACAGCUAUGGAGUGUACUCCUGGAAAGGGAGCUAAUUUUACAGCUAUAGAGUGUACUCCUGGAAAGGGAGCUAAUUCUACCCUUAUGGAGUGUACUACUAAGGAAACCCCUUUCGGGGCUGGUACUAAGGUUACUAAUAAUACAGUUACUAAAGAUAAUAUGGAUAAGUAUGGAACUGGUAUAAAUAUGGAUGAUAGAUUUAUUAAUAUGGAAACAUUUGAUACAAUGAAUAAAGAUGAGAUGGAAGAGGAAGAGGAAAUAACAUUUAGAAGUCAAGAAUUUCAAGUUCAAGUACCUGAACUUGAUUUAACAUUAGCACAUGAAUAUAUUAACUCGAAACAUUCCAAAAAUAUACAAAAAAAUGAAGAAAAAAUUACAACACCCAAAUUCUCAUUCUAUCAGACUACCACCGAGGGACCUGUAGGUACCAAUACUAAUCAAUUCACAGGUAAUCCUAAUACUAUCACUGGUACAGGUACUGUUAACACUGCUAAUAGAGUUAACUCAGUCAAUCUUAAUGGUACUACUGGUACUAAUAGCACUAGUAGUACUACUGUUGGUACUAAGGUAGUCCCUUUUGGGGCUGGUGGAGUUAAUUCAAUUGGUUUAUAUGGAACUGGAAUGAAUAAUGUACAAUAUUUACAAGGAUAUAAUGGAAUGAUUUGGACUGGAGGUCCGGUAAAUUUUGGUAGUUUGAGACCAGUACAAAUUAUUAGAAGACCAUUUUAUCCCAGAUCAAGAUCAUUACAAAGAUAA